AUGCCGAAGAACAGCAAAGUGACGCAGCGGGAGCACAGCAGCGAGCAUGUCACCGAGUCGGUGGCCGACUUGCUGGCCCACGAAGAGCCCGUGGACUACAAACGCAGCGUCCUCAAUGUGACGGGAGAGACCUGGGACAAGCAGAAGGAUGGGGAGGAGGAUCUGGAUGCGGAGAACCGGCCGGCGUGGAACAGCAAGCUGCAGUACAUCCUGGCGCAGAUCGGGUACUCGGUGGGGCUGGGCAACGUCUGGCGCUUCCCCUACCUCUGCCAGAAGAAUGGAGGAGGUGCCUACCUGGUCCCGUACCUGGUCCUGCUCAUCAUCAUCGGGCUUCCCCUCUUCUUCCUGGAGCUGGCGGUGGGACAGCGCAUCCGCCGGGGCAGCAUCGGUGUCUGGAAUUACAUCUGCCCUCGCCUGGGGGGCAUCGGCUACGCCAGCUGCCUCGUCUGCUUUUUCGUCGGUCUCUAUUACAACGUCAUCAUCGGCUGGAGCAUCUUCUACUUCUUUAAGUCCUUCCAGUACCCCCUUCCCUGGAGUGAGUGCCCCAUCGUGAAGAACGGCUCGGUGGCCGUCGUGGAGACCGAAUGCGAGAGGAGCUCAGCCACCACCUACUUCUGGUACCGGGAGACCUUGGACAUCUCCAACUCCAUCUCGGAGAGCGGAGGCCUCAACUGGAAGAUGACACUGUGUCUGCUGGUGGCCUGGAGCCUCGUUGGCUUGGCCAUGAUCAAAGGCAUCCAGUCCUCGGGGAAGGUGAUGUACUUCAGCUCGCUCUUCCCUUACGUGGUGCUGGUUUGCUUCUUGGUGCGGGGUCUCCUGCUGCGCGGGGCGGUGGAUGGGAUCAUGCACAUGUUCACGCCCAAGCUGGACAAGAUGCUGGACCCCCAGGUGUGGCGGGAGGCAGCGACGCAGGUUUUCUUCGCCUUGGGGCUGGGCUUUGGAGGGGUCAUCGCCUUCUCCAGCUACAACAAGCAGGACAACAACUGCCACUUUGAUGCCACGCUGGUCUCCUUCAUCAACUUCUUCACCUCGGUCCUGGCCACCCUGGUUGUGUUUGCUGUGCUGGGCUUCAAGGCCAACAUCAUGAAUGAGAAAUGUGUGGUGGAGUAA